UCCAUGCGGAAAUGCCAAUCCCCAUUCCGGAGGGGAAGACACGAGGUUUCCGGGAAAGCGGCAGCGCCGCCCCCUCGGCCCCUGGCCAGCGGGUAUAAGGGCGGCGCGAGCGCUGCGCCCCACUUGCGCCGAGCCUGAGCCGCCACCGCCGCCGCCCGUGAUCCGCUAGCGAUGGCUCCGCUGCCCGUGCUGCUCGCCUUGCUGGGCGUCGUCCUACCAACCGUGGCAGAUGACCUGAAGGUGUCUGUGUUCCCCAAGGAAGCCACCGUGCCCCGUGGAGGCUUCAUCCUGCUGAACUGCAGCUUCUCCGGCUGUGACCCACAGAGUCAAGGCUCAAAACACGGCCUGGAGACUCACUUUCCCAAAGUGGUAGUAGACAGCGGAAUCAACUGGAAGCUAUUUGAACUGCAAGUUCCGGAAGACGGCUCACCGAUGUGCUUCCUGUUCUGUCCUUCUAAGGAGCAAGGGACGGCGUCCGUCUCCCUCACCGUGUACAGCUUCCCGGACCGGGUGGAGCUGAGCCCCCUGCCGCCCUGGCAGCCUGUAGGCGAGAACCUCACCCUGCGCUGCCUCGUGGCGGGUGGGGCGCCCCGGCGCCGGCUCACGGCUGUGCUGCUCCGGGGCCAGGAGGAGCUCAGCCGGCAGCCGGUGGUCGGGGGGCUCGCGGAGGUCACGGCCACCGUGCGGGUGGGCAGGGACGACCACGGCGCCAACUUUUCAUGUCGCACGGAGCUGGAUCUGCGCUCCGAAGGCCUAGAGCUCUUCCUGAACACUUCGGCCUCCAGGCAGCUCCGGACUUUCGUCCUGCCAGAAACUGCCCCGGAAUUUGUCCUCCCUGAGGCCCUGGAGGCUGGCACCCGCCAGCUGGUCACCUGCUCUCUGGAUGGGCUGUUUCCGGCCCUGGAGGCCAAGGUCCACCUGGCACUGGGGGACCACAAGCUGAACACCACAGUCACGUACCGCGAUGACUCCCUGUCCGCCUCAGCCCCUCUGGAGGUGACCGCCCAGGAGGAAGGCGACCAGCAGCUUGUGUGUGCCAUCCUGCUGGGCAACCGGAGUCGCGAGUCAUGGAGGAACCUGACUGUCUACAGCUUUCCAGAACCGGUCUUAACCUUGAACGCAAGCGUGGUCUCGGAAGGGGAUCUGGUGAUGGUGAAUUGUGAAGCUUGCCCUGGAGCCAUCGUGACACUGAGUGGUGCCCCAGCCGAAUCACCGUCCCACUUGCUACUGAACGCCCGUGCUAAGGAUAACAACCGCAGCUUCUUUUGUUCUGCCGCUCUGGAGGUGGCCGGGCAAGUGCUGUUCAAGAACCAGACCCAGCAGCUCACCGUCCUGUAUGGCCCCCAACUAAACGACAGUGACUGUCCAGGGAGCUGGACCUGGCCAGAGGGGUCCCAGCAGAUUCUGAGAUGCCAGGCCCGAGGGAACCCACGGCCCCAGCUCCAGUGUUAUCGUAAGAGCGACAACACGUCGCUUCCCAUCGGGAGCCUGAGAUCUGUGAAGCGGGAACACGAGGGCACUUACGUGUGCCGGGCCGUGAGUCCCCGAGGGGAGGCCAGCCGGGAGGUGCUGGUGACAGUUCUCUACAACCAGGGCAACACUCAUCAUGUCCUUAUCAUUGUGCUGGUGGCCAUCUUGGUUCUCGUGAGCGUUGUCGCAGCCACAUACUUGUAUAACCGUCAGCGGAAGAUCAGGAAAUAUAAGCUGCAAAAGGCGGCCGAGGCUUUGCUAUUGAAGCCCAAACCACACCUUCCUGAGUCCGCCCCAGACCUCGGUGCCAGCCCACUGCCGCAGCAACAGCAGCAGCAGCAGUGCUGAACUGACCCAAGUGCUGGGUAUGCACCAUGCAGCCCUGUGCACCCCCUGGGGGGCAGAGGACAGGAGGCUGGCCGCAGGCAGGGUACGGCUCACAUUUGGGAUCCUGAUGUCUGCGCGUGUUGGACCACAGGGCCGUGCACCUGUCCUGUAGCCACAGGACUGAGCAGAAGGAGAAAGAAGACUGGAGAAUGAAGUUGGGCACGGUGGUGCACGCCCGUCACCCCAGCACUCAGGAGACCGAAGCAGGAGGAGUGUUGUGAGUUCGAGGCCAGCCUGAACUGCAUAGUGACAUUCUGUGUCAAACGAAGAGACUUGGGUGUCUGUGAAGACGAUGAAGUCUGGCCUGUACACAGGGACAGUGACAGAGACACAAACCCAUGGCUUUGUAGACCACCGGCCAGGAAAUGCGGAGACUCACUCCCAUCUGAUGCGCCGAGGCCCCGCAGUCCUCAGGAGGAGGGUGCUGGCCCAAAUAUAGGCAGCACUGAAAUGUGAAUGCCCACACUUCCUCUGAAAAAUGGCAGAUCUGGUACUACCACAUAUUUACUAUGCUCAACUCUUGCCAAUAACAUAUUUAUUUUUUUAACUUUUAAAAAAUUGGCUAUUUACUGAGUACCUUUUUAAGAAGGCUAAAGUAGUGACCCAUGAUGCAAACACACAUCCUUGCCCUCACAGAGCAUACUCUGAUAUUACACAUUCAGAGCUGCCCAGUACAGUUGAGCAGGCUGUGUACUGCACAAAAGUACCUGGCAAAAACAUCAAGAGGCUCUAGGAUUUCUCACUGUAUUGGCCAAGCUGUGUUCUCCCCAAAGGGUGUUUUUUCUAUUUUUCUGUUGAGCACAAAGGCACUAUAUAAACUAGUCAUGGCUCUGAGUUCUACAUCCACUCAUUAAUCCCUCCCCCAACACCCUACCGCCACCUCCCCACCCACAGCCAUUUCUGCCAGCGUUUCCUACACUGACAGUGCCCGAAUGUCGGGCCAACCCUUGGCAGUUAAGCCACAGAAUCCCCUGGAAUGGAAGCCUUGACCUGAAGCCAAUAAAGCACCCCCACCCCACCCCAGGGCCUCGACCUCCACGUGUCUGAGGGUAGGGGUCACAUCCGGAGGAGCUUUUUCUAGUCACCUCUGUGGCAGCCCCAACUUCCCACUUCCUUCCCCCACGAAAAGCCUGCCGUCCGGACCAACUCUGAGGCUACCGUCCAAAUCCGAGGCUUUUCCUGACCUUCUGCCACCUCAGUGAAAACGAAAGAGCCGCAUCCAGAAAGAUAACAUAAUAUGUGGUUGA